GACAGCGGGAGGAGAGCAGCGGGCCAGGGUUCUGGGCGUGGGGACCCUGGACCUGGUGUUCGUUUUCUUACGUGUGUCCCGUCCUUGAACUGGGGCGGGGUACAAUCACAUGAACUCUUGGAUGGAUCCGGCUGGUCACCUUGUCUCAGGUUUCUAGGUGGAAAAGUGAGGACAGCACUUCCGCCCUUGACUGCGUCGGGUGGUCAUGAGAAUCGGCGUUCUUAGAAGCCGGCCCUGGAAGGGCCUCGGGAAUCACCUGGUGGUCGAGCCAAGCUUCCCGUUCUAGGAAUGGGAAAGCAGGUCUCGGCAGUGGAGUGACUGAUUCAGGGUCACUCCUAAGUGAAGGCCUAGCCAGUUCUUAGAACCCGGUGUGAGGUUCCAUUGCAGUUUUAUUGGAUUGGGAGCGGGGAGUGUUUAUUGUCUUCCAAGGUUGACCAUGUGCCGAUUUGCUUCUGCUUGACGAGAGAUUUCUCAAGCACCCUGGUACUACUACUACUAGCAGUAAAUAUUAUGGCACUUAACUGUGCACCCAGCACUAUUGUAAACACUUUCAAAGUUGUACGACACUAUUGUACAACUUUCCUGAUUGAAUUGCAUGCAGGGCAGUUGGGAGUCUUUUAAAAGACCUGAUGAGGAAGCACCAGCAGCUCCACACAGAGUAGGUACUCUGUAAAAGUUUGCUGAAUGUGAAUGACUCAGAGGCUCUUUGCUAGAUUUGAAGUUUUGGUCCCAUUCAUUACUAUUUGGUUACCAUAUUUGUUACUCUAUUACUAUAUUGUUUGUGGCCAAUAUUUUGAAAAAUAAGAUAAAAUACUAAUUAUUCUGUUUGUGUAAGCAGAGAACAGGCACACAUUUGGUGGGGGAGGGCUUAAGACUCUUAUUUAAAUUACACAAAUAGUUAUAUCAUUGCAUCCCUGUUCUCUUCAUUUUUAAUAUUUGAUCAAGAAAUGUUAUUAAUAAUUGCCCAAAUAUUAGGCAUUGUGCUAGACCCUAAGUCUAAGAGUGUAUAAAUUUCAUGAACUAAUAGUUUAAUGGAGGAUUAGGACAUGAAACAUUCACUCCCAAUACAAAGACACUUAGAAAUAUUUUUUAGAAGUGGCUGCAGUACAGUACACUGCAAGGAAGCAUGUGCCAAAGGAGUUUGGAGAAGGAAGUGGCUCUCUGUCCUGAAGGAAGCUUCUGGAGAUAAGUAAACAUUGCAUGGUACCUGCUUCCCUGUGCCAGGUUGUCAUGGAAGGGCUACUGACAAGAUGCAGAGCAUUGUGCACCUGGGCCACCUGCAGCCACCAGCUCUCCAGAUACAUAUCCCACAGGUGUCACCACUCUGCCUCAGGGAGAGGGCAGCGCUUGAUAUUGUCCCGCAUGUUUCAGCCACAGAACCUCCGGGAAGACCAGGUGCUUUCUGUGGAGGGAAAAUCUAGCGACCUGACUUGUAAGAGCCAGCGACUGAUGCUGCAGGUGGGUCUGAUCCUCCCAGCAAGCCCUGGCUGUUACCAUCUCCUGCCCUACACCGUUCGUGCUAUGGAGAAGCUUGUGCGAGUGAUAGACCAGGAGAUGCAGGGGAUUGGGGGGCAGAAAAUCAGCAUGCCCAGCCUCAGCCCAGCAGAACUCUGGCAGGCCACCAACCGCUGGGACCUGAUGGGCAAGGAGCUGCUAAGACUUAGAGACAGGCAUGGUAAGGAAUACUGCUUAGGUCCAACUCACGAGGAGGCCAUUACUGCCCUUAUUGCCUCCCAGAAGAAACUGUCCUACAAGCAGCUUCCAUUUCUACUGUACCAAGUGACGAGGAAGUUUCGGGAUGAGCCUAGGCCCCGCUUUGGUCUUCUCCGUAGCCGAGAGUUUUACAUGAAAGAUAUGUACACCUUCGACUCUUCCCCAGAGGCUGCCCAGCAAACCUAUGGCCUGGUGUGUGAUGCCUACUGCAGCCUAUUUGACAGGCUGGGGCUGCGAUUUAUCAAGGCCCAGGCAGAUGUGGGUAGUAUUGGGGGCACAAUGUCUCAUGAGUUCCAGCUACCAGUGGAUAUUGGAGAGGACCGGCUUGCAGUCUGUCCAAGCUGCAGCUUCUCAGCCAACGUGGAGACACUAGGCUUGUCACAGAUGAAUUGCCCUUCCUGCCAGGGCCCACUGACUGAAACGAAAGGCAUUGAGGUAGGACAUACAUUCUACCUGGGUACCAAGUAUUCUUCCAUUUUCAAUGCCCAGUUUACCAAUGCUCAUGGUAAACCAUCCCUGGCUGAAAUGGGGUGCUAUGGCUUGGGUGUGACACGGAUCUUGGCUGCUGCUAUUGAAGUUCUCUCUACAGAAGAUUGUAUCCGCUGGCCCCGCCUUCUGGCCCCUUACCAAGUCUGCCUCAUCCCCCCUAAGGCAGCCAGUAAGGAGGAGGCUGCUGCAGAGCUCAUGGGGCACCUGUAUGACCACAUCACAGAGGCUCUGCCUCAGCUCCAUGGGGAGGUCCUUCUGGACGACAGGACCCAUCUUACCAUUGGAAAUAGACUGAAAGAUGCCAACAAGCUCGGCUACCCCUUCGUGAUAAUUGCUGGCAAGAGGGCCCUGGAGGACCCUGCACAUUUUGAGGUUUGGUGUCAAAACACUGGUGAGGUGCUCUUCCUCACCAAAGAAGGAGUCAUGGAAUUCUUGACCCAAGUGCAAGUUGUYUAAGUGCCCAUCUCAUAGCCUAGUAUUAACUCUAACACUUCAGUUCUUGGCCCAUGCUCCUCUCCUGGUGGUCUCCACAGGAACAGGACCACUCAUAGAAAGUGAGAACRUGUUAGAGAAACCAGUGUUUACCCAGUCAUUUGUUCAGAUUAUUUGUAUUUGAAAUUGUUAACUUGAUUCCCUUCUUUGGGCUGGCCAUCUGACCAUGUGCCAUUCCUUUUACAUACCAUUUUGGAAGCUGCUAUUAGAAGGCUGAGAGGCAAGAAAGAGUCCCAAGUUCUAGUCUUGGCCCUUGAGCAAGUCACUUCCUUCUCUGCUGAGUUUCCUGUGUAGGAUGGGAAUGGCAGAAGGCCAGGGGCCUCAGCUUCACUCAGUCCAGAGAGCAGGCCCACCAGCCCUCUCCUGAGAAGCUGAGAGUGUAAGUGAAAGAGUCUGAUUGUCACCAACUCACUGGUGGCUUGAUACGUCUGCUUCCCAACUUGGGCUGCAGUUUUCCCAUCUGUUACAUGAGAAAUUGGAACUCUGUGAAGUCCUUAAAGUUGUCACUGAGUGGUUCCACAAGAGGCUCACAAUAGGUGGAUCUGGUUCUUCUGAUCCUCCAUGGUCUGACUUUCCUACAAAUUUGAAUUGCCUGAUAACCCAAGAACCACCUCCAGAGACUUAACCCUACUGAGAUGGCCUAAGCACUGAGAUCAUGUUUUCUUUAUUGACUUUUUGUUUGUUCUUGAAUACUGAGGCUUGAACCCAGGUGUGCUUUACCCCCAUGCCACAUCCCUAUCACUAUUAUCUUGUUAAGUUGCUGAGGCUGGCCUCAAACUUGUGAUCCUCUUGCCUCAGCCUCCUGAGUAGCUGAGAUAAGAUUUUCUUGAUUGAAUAAAAUCUAUUAGACUAA